AUGUUUCGCUUAGGUGCCACUCAAGCUGCCCGUGUUAACGGUGCAAGAAACUAUGCUACUUUGAGAGAAAUUGAAAUGCGUCUUAAGUCCAUUAAGAACAUUGAAAAGAUCACCAACACCAUGAAGGUUGUUGCAUCCACUCGUUUGAACAGAGCCCAAAGAGCCAUGACUGCUUCCAGAGUUUUCAACGAAUCCGAAUCUGAAUUCUACAAGAACGCUGAGGUUCAACCUGAUAGUGAAGAAGGUAAGAACUUGUUGAUUGUCAUCUCUUCCGAUAAAGGUUUGUGUGGUUCAGUCCAUUCUCAAGUAUCCAAGUACACCCGUAAGAGAGUUGCUGAAUUGAAGAACGUUGACAUUGUUACCAUUGGUGAGAAAGCAAAGACUCAAUUGUUAAGAACCCAUGCUGACAACUUAAAAUUAUCUUUUAGUGGUGUUGGUAAGGAAGCUCCAACCUUUUUGGAAGUUUCUUUGAUUGCUGAUGAAAUUAAAAAAUUGGGUAAGUACGAUAACAUUGAGGUUUUGUACAACAAGUUUGUUUCUGGUGUUUCCUUUGAACCAAACACUUUUAGUGUUGCCGUUGCCGAAGCUAUUGAAAAGGCUCCUGGUUUGAGCAAGUACGAAUUAGAAACCGAAGGUGUUAAUGAAACCUUGGCUGAAUUCUCUUUAGCUAACUCCAUUUUCUCUGGUAUGGCUGAAGGUUACGCUUCUGAAAUCUCUGCCAGAAGAAAUGCUAUGGAUAACGCUUCUAAGAACGCUGGUGAUAUGAUCAACUCUUUCACCAUCUUAUAUAACAGAACCAGACAAGCCGUCAUUACUAACGAAUUGGUUGAUAUCAUUACCGGUGCCACUGCCUUGGCUUAA